UCGGAGCUUCUUGUCAAUUGUUCAUCCGAGUGGAGGAUGUCGCCCGGCCGCCGAUCCUCCACCUGCAGGCUCCUCGCCGGCUUGCUGCUGCUGCUACUGCAGGCGGUGCUGCCUGCAGCCGCGCUCAUCACAGGCACAGAGGCCAGCUGUGAGAACGAAGGCGAGGUCCUGCACAUCCCCAACAUCACCGACAACCCCUGCAUCACCUGUGUCUGUCUGGAGGGCAAGGCCGACUGCAAGCAGGAGAAAUGUCCGCCCGUGUCUGAAGAUUGCGCCCUGGUGGUCAAACAAAGCGGCGCAUGCUGCGAGAGGUGUAAAGGUUGCAUGUUGCACGGACGAGCCUACAACAGCUCAAUUACCUGGACCAGCGUCACCAAGCCCUGCAUGACCCGGCGCUGUCAGGAAGGCGUCAUCACCGAAGCACAGGUGCAAUGUGUGGUCCACUGCAAGAACCCCAAGAUCCAUCCCAAAAAGUGCUGCCCUACAUGCCCCAGCUGCAUUUUCGAGGGUCGUCUGCACAAAGAGAAGGAAGAAUUCAGUCCUGAAGGCAAACCCUGCAUCAAGUGUACUUGCGCAGGGGGACGCACUCUCUGCAUGAAGGAGGCCUGCCCUGUCCUUUCCUGCCCUGCCCACCUCAGCCACACCCCUCCUGGGCAGUGCUGUCCCAAAUGUCUCGGUCAGAGGAAGGUGUUUGACUUGUCUCAGGGGAGUUGUCUGUUCCACAGCGAGGUCUUCGAGAACACCACGUCCUUCGUUCACGACAACUGCACCGAGUGCACGUGCAAGGACUCCACCGUGGUGUGCAGGAGGCGCUGCUCGCAAGCCGGCAGUUGCCAUGGCGACCGCUGCUGUGACGACUGCUUGUCCUACGUGAAGGUGGACGACGUCAAGUACUGCAGAGUACGCAAUAAGAUCUACAGGGAGGGCGACAUGUGGUCGUCAGUGAACUGCUCGUUGUGCGCGUGCGUGACAGGCAGCGUCGAGUGUCGGCCAAAACAGUGUGUACCAAUCACCAGCUGCCCCUCGAACAAGAUCCUGAACCGGACCGGCUGCUGUCCAGUCUGCACUGAAAAGCCAGGCGUGUGCACCGUGUUUGGCGACCCGCACUACAACACCUUCGACGGAAGAACUUUUAACUUCCAGGGAACGUGUCAGUACGUGCUGACUCGGGACUGCGGUGGCGGUACCGGCAGCAACGCCAUAGCCAAUAACGGCGAGUCGAGCUUUACGGUGUUGGUGAAGAACGACGCUCGGCGCACCCGCUCCUUCUCCUGGACUCAAUCGGUGGAGGUGCGUCUAGGAGGGCUGGUCCUGGGCCUCCACCAGCACCUGACCGUACGCAGGAACGGCACCCGCAUCGCGCUCCCCUACCACGGGCCUGGCGUGCACAUCGACCUGGACGGAUACCUCCUCAAGCUUACCACCAUCGCAGGUCUGGAGAUUACUUGGGACGGCGACAGUUUCGUGGAGGUGGUGGCCGCCCCGCACUUGCGUGGGCGCCUCUGCGGCCUGUGCGGCAACUACAACGGGCACAAGCGCGACGACACCAUGGGCGGCGACGGCCACUUCAAGUUUGAUGUGGACGAGUUCGCCGAGUCGUGGCGCGCGUUGGACAGCAACGAAUUGUGCGCGCAGCCGGCGCCCCACCGCCGCCCCACCUCCUUCCUGUGUCCCGGCAGCGUCAAGGUCAAAUUCCGCGCCCACCGUGAGUGCCAGAAGAUCAAGUCGUGGGAGUUCCAGAAGUGUCACCGCGUUGUCGACUUCGCCACCUUCUACAGGUCUUGUGUGACGGACAUGUGCGAGUGUCCCGUGCACAAGAACUGCUACUGCGAGUCAUUCAUCGCCUACAGCCGAGCGUGCGAGCGAGAGGGCGUCCCCGUUAUCUGGAAGCCUGACACCGCCUGCGUGGCCACGCAGUGCAAGCACGACGCCGUGUACGACACAUGCGGGCCGGGCUGCACCAAAACCUGCGACAACUGGAACGAGAUCGGGCCGUGCCACAAGCCCUGCGUGGCCGGCUGCCACUGUCCCGCCAACCUGGUUCUUUUCCAGGGACGCUGCAUCCGACCCCUGGCCUGCCCCGGACGGUGACACAGGCACCGGUCCGGGGGUGCGGAGUGAGGAAAACGCAUCUCGGACUUGAUGAGAUGCGGCGAAAGUACUCAGGGUCCAAGUAAUCCCCUUUGAAAAAAACACUCAGGAGAGGAAAUUGUGGGAGUACGUUCUUGUCUCGGAACCUCACGGGACUUUUGGACUCUUUAAGUCGUGUGGACCUUGUCUGAAACGGACAAGGAGCUUUUAUACAGCUAAACAGAUUUAUGACAAGCUUUUCUACAAUUGUUAUGUGUUGAUACUGUUAAUUUAUAUAGCAAAGGUGGUAGCACGGGUGAGGAGGGCACAGCUAAGAAAUGGUUUACAGUGAACCCCUGUUCGCACAAAGCCAGGGAAAUGGAAAGUCGAUCCACAGGGCUGCACUGUAACUCAGCUUGAAUAAAAGCGAUUCAGCGGAUGCUUGGGCGAGUAACAAAACUUGACCCGUACUGACUUCAGGUUGUCCAAAGGCUUCAAGCGGAAGACUACGAUGCUUUUACGUGAAUGCCUGUUCUAAGAGUUCGCUUUAUAGUUGGGCUUCUGCUGUGUGGUUUGUCAAGUAAAGAUCCUGUUUCGAGAAACUUGCCAUGGAUACCGUAAAUCGUACCACUCAGCAUGGGCCGUUAGCAAGAUAUACUGCGGUUCUAAAAAGUCACGGUUUCAAAAACGCUAAAACAUUCCAUCAGCAUAGUGAAAUCUGACAAGGCCUGAUGGUUACAUGCUCAUUAUUCUAUAUUAGAGGUGCAACAACUAAUCGAUUGAAAUUGAAACUAUUUUGAUAUUCGAUUCAUCGUUUCGAGGCAUUAAUUUAAAAUUGUCCAUAUCCUUAGAAUUUCAGCCUCUCAGCAGUAUCCAUCCAUCCAUUUUCUGAGCCGCUUCUCCUCACUAGGGUCGCGGGCGUGCUGGAGCCUAUACCAGCUGUGGUCGGGCAGGAGGCGGGGUACACCCUGAACUGGUUGCCAGCCAAUCGCAGGGCACAUACAUACAAACAAACAACCAUUCGCACUCACAGUCACCCCUUCGGGCAAUUUUAGAGUCUCCAAUUAAUGCAUGUUUUUGGGAUGUGGGAGGAAACCGGAGUGCCCGGAGAAAACCCACGCAGGCACGGGGAGAACAUGUAAACUCCACACAGGCGGGACCGGGGAUUGAACCCGGGUCCUCAGAACUGUGAGGCUGACGCUCUAACCAGUCGUCCACCGUGCCGCCUCUCAGCAGUAAAUAUACUCAAAUUUCUGUCGUCCUCCAUGAAACCACACUGAUUAUCUUUGUGUUUAAUCACAAUAAGACUUUUGUAAUAUCUGCUGUUACUUUGGAAAACAAUUAUCAACAUUUUUGCCCCUUUUCUGACAUGUCACGGACCAAACCAGUUUAUAGUAAACUUACUCAUUUAUUAUGAAUCAUAAUCAAUUUAUGUUUGUGCAUUUUCUGCAGUCAGUUUGGGAUGUCCUGUUUUUUAAUAAAGGGAUGGAAAUUAAAAGAAUUUUAAAAAUCAGAUUCACUGAUUAAUCGAAAAAAAAUAGUGGACAGAUUAGUCAAUUAUUUAAAUAGUUUUUAGUUGCACCACUUCACUAUUUAUUGUACGUGUUGACUUUUCACUGCAUUUUAAUCCAUAUGUAUAUCUUUUCAAUACUGUACAGUAUUCAUAUUCAUGUAAAACCCCAUUUAGAAAACAAUUGGAUGUUCGGCGAUAUAGCGGGGGUUCACUGUAAAGGGACAAAACAAAGAAAAAGCUAUUUAUGUUUAUGUAUUGUGUGUACUUUUGUGUGCCCAAAUGUGACCCGUGUGUUGUUGUUGUUGAAAAGUACUGUAGCAUCUUUGUGGAAGGUGUUCUUUGGAAAAGGAAAAAAACACCUUACCUUCAUUAUUUAAGAGCCACAAUAUAAUCUUUUAACCAAUUGAACGAGUGUCUUCUCUCCAGCCUUCAAAUCAAACACAAAAGUUGUUGUUUGUUUUCAUAUUUUCAUACUGAGAGCUUUUCCGACCAAUCAGAUUUUAGAUUCACCACUCGCUCAAUUUUCCCGUCCUCUGAUUGGUUGAGCUCAAAAUGUGCGUGAGAUUGAUUUACUGAGGAGGGAGACGUUGGACAUGAUUCAACAGUCUUUUUUCCAGGCACCGCAUUUUCAAGGAAAAACUCGACUUUGUGACGCUUGGUCAACCACAAAUACUUUCUGUCUGGCCUGUUUCAACGAGGAAAAAUGAUUUUUUUGUUUUAAUUUUUUGGGGCACUUUCAGAGUAGCAUGUAUGAGCACGACAGCUAGCUUACAGCGGGAAGCAGAAAAGGAAGGGAAGUCCAAUUCCGUCUGUUAGCAUCUCCGGUGAGUACGACGGAUUUUACGUUUUUGUCAUGUUAUUUUAUGAAUUGUAGUGUACACACUACAACCUCGAUAGAGGUUUGUAGUUGUUUGAAUGUGAUGUAUUGGAUGAUAAAGGUACCCGUUUCUUAAUGGUAUUCAUACUCUUCUUUAAUGCAAACAUUUAUGUAGCGGGGUUUUUUUGUCCAUUAUUUUGCAUUGUGGUGGUGUUAUUGAGAAGUGGAUUACGUCGCUGAAGGCCCAGGUCCUAAACUCACUAGUGAGGACAAAGCCCACCAGGAGAACGACUGUGUACAAGUAAGCUGAAUAGCAAGGACUACACUUGCACAAUAUCAACAUGGGACAGCAGCAAACACUCUUUCCGCACAUUUUAUUUGAACACAGACUUAUGUACAACACCAAGAAGCUGCAGAGCUGAAGUGGCAACACUGGGAUCCUCUCUGCUGCAAUUUCAUACAAAAUCACCACCAAAAUAGAAAUACCAAAUUCAUACAAAAUCACCACCAAAAUAGAAAUACCAAAAAUACUUUAUAAGAGUCCAAACGCACAACUCAUAACAAGAAACAGGACCCCGAAAAAGCAGUAACGCAACUGCUCUUGUCAGCAUGACAAUCAGAUCAUUUUUUUUUUAAACAACCAGUUGAUCUCAUUUAAUCAUGCGACUGACUGGGAUUCAAAUGAACCUUUUUGCAGCUGUGCCUUCUGGGGCUGCAAAUGUCUGACUAGCUCAUGUAUGUCAUUUUUACUUUAAAAUUGUGAAAAUUUACUUUCAAAGACUAAUUGGUUUUAAAUUGAAUGUUUUUGUCGCUAACAGUCUUUCCUGAGGCUAAAAAUCAGGUGUGUGUGUGUGUGUGUGUGUAUAUAUAUAUAUAUAUAUAUAAUGACAAUGACUUCAAAUUCCCUUUAAACUGCUAAUUUUAUCAUGUCACUGACCGUUUUGUAGCUAAUAGUCUCCUGAGGGCAAGAUUCUUGAAUAUAAUUUUUUAUAGA